UUUCUGAAAGGCAUAUACCAUUUGUUUACUCUGGUAGGCAUUUCUGUGAAAAUGACAAACACCACCAGCGAAAACUAGCUUGAAUAAUUAAACCUAUUUGAAAAUAUUUUAAUCUUCCAGGUGAAAGCUGAAGUGCUUGCAUCGGUUCAGCCAACGAAAGAACUCUUGUUCUCACGCCUUAGUUUGAAGGACGUCCCUUUCAGAACCUUUGAGCCAGCUUCAGAUGGGGAUCUCGAUACAAUGUGGGAGGAAAUGAGUGCAAUCGACGCAACUCUAGAGAGGGGCCUUCUCAAACAAUCUGACAUCAAGAAGAAGGCAGAACUUCAGCGAUUUCUCUCAACCCACUGCAGAAUAAGGCACUACAUGUUUUGCAUCAAAAAAUGUGAUGAUCCAGAAUGCACAUUCCAUGGGCCACCAAGGCUACCAAAGGAUGUAUUUGAUGACCUGAAGUUUCUACCAGACCCAGUGCCUGCGGGAGAAAGGUAUGUCCCAUUUGAUACAUUGUAUGGCACGGAGACGACCGAACAACAUCGUCCAUCCUUGACACAUAAAGAAAAAACGGGACAUGGCAUGCCCUUUGAUCCUAAAAAGCAGACCGCUUUGAAUGUCGGACUCUUGAUCAUGUGUGAGGAAUGUGACAAGUGGCGCCUUCUCCACAAAAAGAAAGACCGGCUGAGGCAAAACGACCGGAUUAAGCUCGAGCAAUGUCUUGAAACGAUAAGCUACACUUGUGGCUCCAAACUGACCGAGGUCAUUCGGGAUGAUGAUGAUGACACAGCUAGUCCCCUUGACGAUAUAUAUGUCCGUGAAAAUCUGACGUGCAACUCAAAUGUUGAGUUGCCGUAUUACAGUGCAGGCUACGAUCCCAUUUGCAUUUACUGCGCAAGUGAGGAUGAACUUUUGAUUCUUUCAGGAAUGUAUCCAUAUUGUCAGAAUUGCAAAGACAAUGGAAAAAGAGGGGAGAAACGCAGGGCGACAUUCACAGCCAAGGACUAAAUUGAUUUGAACUGAUUUUCAGUUUAAAGAUGCUGUGGUAGUGAUGAUGUUAUUUCAGGGACAAAUCUGGUAUAAAUGAAUGUAGUUUCCAUGUUCAUGUAGCUGUAACUGUUACAGUAGAUAACUUUUUCAUAUCUUAUUCUCAUAUGUUGAUGUUGUUGAUGUUUGAAAUUUCCUUUAUUGACAUUCU